AUGGGGACGAACGAAAAACUCAAAGUGGCUUCCAUCGCGACAAAUUGGCCAAAGAUCGAAAGCCGAGAGCUCCAAGCGGCUGGCAUCUACCUUUCCUCGGUCCCGGGCAAAGCAGCAAGGUGCGUAAGGGCCGAAAUCGAAGAGCGUCACCAAGGCGCCAAGAGGACUGCUUCAGCAGCGGCUGAGGACCGCGACCAUUCUGUCCCAGCCAGCCGGCACCGGAAGAACUCAUCCGCUGCUGAGAACAGCCUGUCUGACAACCAGGCCCAGACACCCAGCUGGGACUUGCGACUUCCCGAGGAAAUAGAGGCUGAAGGAGAUCCUUACUGGACAAGUACCUCAUCCAGAGCUGGCUCUAAAAUUCCUGUGGCGAAAAUGAGCCCUUUGCCGAUUCCGGAAACCUUCAUUGACCGCAACUCGCCUUCUUCACGCAGGCAGAGUGAUGUUCCACGCGAAGCCGAGUCCAUCGCCUAUCCCAAAACGAGGUCGAGAGCUGGUAGCAUCAAUGCUCUCGCCGAGCCUGCUGCAGCCGGGACGCUGCAGCCAGCCAAGCGAUCCGCCACCGAUGUCUCGCCUAGGAAGACGACUCCAACUGCUAGGAAGACAUCUGCCCCAAGCAAGUCGAACGGCUCCGUGAGCGGGCGGCCACGAACGCGUGGCGGUCCCAACAAAGACUCCACAAGCAGCACCGGCACGACGCGCCCUUCAACAAGGUCGGGCGAACUAUCACCGGGCAACAGGGCGCCAGAGGGAGAACCGCCCUGGAUGAUUGGAAGCUACAAGCCUGACCCUCGCUUGCCCCCCGAUCAGCAAUUGCUUCCCACAGUCGCGCGACGGCUUCAGCAAGAGAAGUGGGAGAAGGAGGGCAAGUUCGGCAGCGUCUACGACAAGGAGUUCCGACCGAUGACAGAUGACGCCCUUCUGAGCCCCCCUGUGCCAGGCCCCAGCGGCGUGCAAGAAGAGGAGAAGCAGCUGCAGGAACAGUCCCGACGAGUGGCCGCUCAAACCAAUAGAGAGCAAGAGCCCGACCCUGAAGCAAGGCACUUCAUACUCGACGAUACCCAAAAUUUCCGACAAGCCUCAGGUCAGCCCGCUGCCAAGCCCGCGGACGCCCGGGCCUGUACCACAAUCGCCCCCUACAGCACAGCAACAACCUGCGAGGGUGCCGGACGCCUUCAGCGGAGAACGACGACGUGGCGCAGAAGAAGGGAGGCUGCGGGUGCUGCAUCAUCAUGUGAUCCAUCCGUUGCAACUGUGGAUGGGUGGAUGAUGGGCGCAACCCUUUUACGACGUUAUGACUUUCCUUUUCUUUACUUUGAUUCAAGCCUUCCGACCAUCGUCAUUCCCUGA